AUGUACCUAGGGCAUACAAUCUCCCUAGAAGUAGCCAGGCUGGAAAGCGGCCUCCAGCAGCUGAACCAGCACCACAUCACCACCAUCACUACGGUUGAUGGCAUCCACUUUUGUUUUAAUGUGACUGUUGCGGGGGUCCUUAAAGUCUCAGAAAGCAGGGACCGUAGACCACACAGAGCGUGCAGGAUUGGCAGGGUCCUUCGCUGGAAGCAGCCCGGCGCAGACGCGGGUGGUGCCUGGGCGGUGCUUCUUGCUGGUGCUUGCUGGUGCUUGCAGGGUCCUGCUGGGGUGUCUCAUAUGGAGGGUGGAGCUAGCCACAGUACUUGCUCACAGGGACCACUGCAGUGGACACACCCACGCGGGCAAAACUCCGACGGCGAUCUCCUCCGCUUUCUCCUCCUCGGUCCACACUCCGAUGUUCGCCGCGAUUCGAUCCAUGUCGGCCACCAGUUGGCCCGAUCAUUCGCUACAAGGAGGGCAAAUCGGAUAUACCCGAAGGGCAAAGGCCCGUCUGCCCGCCUGAAAGUGCAAACAAAACAAGAAGAUCCAAGCAAGAAAAGCAUUUGGAUCCAAGAAAUGGGCACUGAAUCUCGUGAUAUAUACAGGGUCAUGUAUGAUGAUCUCUUCGUGUUAUCGUCGGUUACCUUCGCAUCAACCGACUCGCAUCCAUCAACCGACUUGUAUCAUUCAAUCAAUCUGCUGGCGGGCGGCGGCGCGACAGUGCGGCGGUGCCUGAAAUGCCAAGCAUCCAUAAGACAAGUCGAACCCGCUGACCAUUUGCUUUGCGACUAUUCGACUGGUGCACGUAGUGUAGAGGUAAAAUGCAUGGAGGGUCGUGAUGCUACAUCGCCAAGUCGCAACGUCAAUAGGAGUGAACUCACUGUAUGGUACUUUUUCGACGCCGCAAUUGACCCCAAGAGGUUGGUACAUAAGUGGCAGAGUAGGAGCCCUCACAGGGCAGGUGGGCGCUACUUAUGCAUGCAGAGCAAUGCAGAGCGUAAGCGCGGCGUUGUAGUGGGAGGUACAUGUAAAGUGAGGGUUUGGGUUGGGGUUGGAGGUGAAGAUGGGAAUGGUAUCAUUAUUGGAUGUGCACAUGAAAAACUGUUGUACGAACUUGGAUUGCUAAAGGGAGAGAGAAAUUGGAUCAUAGAUGAUUAGAAAACCACAGCGUUGGUGCAAGAAAAACGGGAACAAAUUGGUGCAUAUGAGCAAAGGUCAUGUAUGUUGACUAUCGUAAGGUAUCGCUGACAAAAGAAAAAAAAUCCAAGUAAAGUUUGAUCGUUGUAAAAAAAAAAAAAAACCAAGAC